CUGUCAUCGUGCAUUUUGCAAUACUGAUUGUCACCACCCGUAACAAAAACAAAAAUCUCGAACGCAAGGUAAUUUUUUGUAAAUCGCUGCAGAAAAGAAACAUUAAACAAGAAGAUUGUUCUCUUGAAAUAUUGAUUUUCAAUCUUUUUUAAAGUAAGCAACCUAAAAGCAGAAUGUCCGUAAGAGACUUUAUCAAGGGUCUGCCCAUUCACGACUCGAGCAAUUUCACCCACUUAAGCAAUGAGCACGGGAUUCGAACCUCGCAGAAACGGGCCUCCGUCUACCUGCCCACCGAGGACGAGCAUUCCGAGCAGCUGAUCGUAAUGGACAAGCGAUGUGUCCUGCUGCGCUACCUCACACAGCAGUGGGACAAGAAGACGCUUCAGCGGAAGAGGGAGCACGGCGGCGAGUCGGGAAACGGCAACGGCAACAGCUCCACUCCCAACGGCAAUAGCACCAACAGCAAAAAGCGCCCACGCUUAGAUCCCAACGAGCUAAAUUGAACGGCAGGACCACAACCCAAGCUCACGAUGGACAUCCCACACUGCACUCACAACCCUGAGCUUCGCCAGCACGAGCCACCCUUCAUUUACACUCAUAUAUAUUAAAUGAAAUACACUUAGUACAAAGGAGUUGCAGUCGAACAGUCCUUUCAUAGUUUUGUAACCCGUUUUUUAUCUGUAUAAAUACCUGGCCUUCGUUUUAAUUUGAGGUGUACCCAAAUUAUCACAGCUAAAUGCUGUUUUCCUGGCCAACUAUUUGAAUACCUCUUUUUUUUGCUAAAAAGGAACAUCAACCGUAUAAAAAGUUGAAUAAAACAUUUUGUUAAUUUUGUUACUGCUAGUUCAUGAACCAUGGUAUUUUUUUCAAUUCUUUGUACUCAUCUUAAACAUCUCCAGAAGUUUGUAAUUUAAAAUGUAAUGUGUAGCUAAUCUGCCUAACCAACUAUGUCCACUAUUAUUGUAAAGCCUACAGUUAAGAGACAAACGUUUUGGGCGAUGGAAGAUCGACUGCAUUCCAGUACAACACAUUUAUAAUAGCACAUACUGUGAGUUCCAAUAGAUUUACUUUUGAUGACAACAA